UAACGGGUUCGAAGCUAAUUGCGGCUAUUGUGUUCUGGGUUGGAAUGAAGAUGGAGGGUAAACUUGUCAUCGGUUUGCUGGUGUUGGGCCUCGUUUCUACUGCUUUGGCAAAAGGCGGACAUAAGCGCCACCGUGGUGACCACCAUCACAAGAGUGGAGAUGAGGACUAUGAAUGCCCUCCGCCAGUGAUGUCUGAUGAGUUACCCCUAACAUGCAUUGUCACUAACCACUGUGGUACGUACACAUGCUCUGCGGAGUUUGAUGGUGAAGAUGUGACGUUGACCCUCAAGUUUGUCGGAUCCCAAGAGCCCUUGAGCGCUGAGAUAAUCUUGAAGGUACCUGGGCGCGGUUUUGAGUGGAAGCACACUUUCAAGAGUGGAGAAAAGAUCCAAGUGGAAGGUUUUCCGCUGUCCAUCAAGGGUAUUGGAAGCGCAGAUAUGUACUUGACGCUCACAAUGGACAAGCACAUGAAGGGAAUGUCAUUCACGCUGGACUUGCACGUCACCAGUGAGGUGAAAGAUCUGCAUGUCGUCUUGCUACAGCGCAAACUGCCUAUGAAAUAUGACGACGACGAUGAUGUUCACGAGUAUCACCACAAGGGAAGAUGCAGCAGGCUUGCCUCCUGGUUCAAACGCCAACCCGCCAGCGUCAAAGCCGCCGUCGUCAUCAGCACCAUCUUGGUCUUCUCCCUGAUCAUCACCGGUCUGGUGUACUGCUGCAAGAAACGCAAAACUCCAGUGGCUGACGUUCUCAAAGUCAAGCCUCCUUCCUAUCACGAGGCCACAACCACCGAGACCAAGGUUCCAUUGGAACCUCUGGUCAACGAGGAGGACUAGCUUGCGGGCGCAGGUGGUCUUAACAGCUCUCAGUAUUAUAACGUAGUUUAACAUUUUUGUGUGAAUCACGGAUGUCUUUGACACAGUUUUAAGUUAACUUUUAUAUGGCAUGCUCACUCGACAGAAAAAGAGCCCUGUACCGUAAAUUUUACGAAUUGGGCGAAACGUCAAGUCCAAAAUCCCAAGCUGAUUGAACUCUUAACUCUCAUCAUCUGUUUGCCUGACAAUCUAUUGAUACAAUGUGGAGAAAUUUUAUGCGGAUUGUUCGAUAAAGGUUAACUUGAAACUGGCCAACGAUUUCGGUGUCUCAUGGAAAGAUUCGUAGAAAUUAAAAGCUUGCCGCUUCCCAUGAGAGUUGUUCAUUUUAUCAGAUGUGUGCUGUAACCGUCACGUAGUUUUGGAGCAAACUCCACAGUAAUAGCGUUUUGUACCGAGUUGAAAUGACCACGACAUUUUGUUAUUUCAAGAAUUUUUUUGUAGCUGUAAUGCAUGUAUUAUUAUUAUUAUUUUUUUGUCAUUUGUAGAGUUUAAUACUGAAACGAAUAAAAUUGUUGGUUAGCAACACGA